AUGUCGUCCCCGGCUUCCAGUCGUCGGAGAGGACGCUCCUCCCAAAACCCCACCGCGUCUCCCUCCUCCUCCCGCCAGGAGCCCCCCAGCAGCCCGACCUUCCAAGCCACGCCCCGCGCGUCCCGCCGUCUGGCUGAGGGAGCAGUGCCCACCUCGUCGCCAAUGUUCUUUCAGUCGUCCCCCAACAAGGGCCCCAGUGAUGCAAGUACACCGGAUGUUCGCAUGGAUGAGCCUAGCUCGCCAGCACGGGCGCCGUCGACAAUGGAUGAUGGCGACAGAACCCCCCGCGGAAAUGCCCAAGUCAGAGAUUCUUCUCCCAUUCAUUACAUCCCGAGCUCUAGCCCUACACGAGGUGCCGGCCGAACAGACAUCCGUUCCGACUUGCGCUCAGAUGCACUAAGCGUAAGCAGUGGCUUGUUUGUUUCAUCACACCAAGACCAGGACCGGCGGGGUGCUUCCCGCCGCAGCGAUCUGCACUCGGGUGGCUUUGCAUCGACCCCGAAUCGCAGGAAUCGCAUGUUCGUGGAUGCCAAUGGGAUGCCGGCGGGCGAGGGGGCGCCUCGCUCCGAUGCCACCUUCUCCAACAUCAACCCUGGUACCUCAGAGGCGGAGGCCAUGGCCGGCAACUCAUCACGUGUAAUCUGGGGCACGAACAUCUCGAUCCAAGACUCCAUGUCUGCCUUCAAAAGCUUUCUCUACAACUUUUCAACCAAGUACCGUCUCUGGGCGGAUGGUGCAACGGAGGAUGAGACUCGGAGGAUGGGAGAUAUAGCAGACAAGCGCGAAUACAUCAACAUGCUGAACAAUAUGCGCAAAAUUGGUCUGAUGACCUUCAAUCUGGAUGCCGCAAACCUCAAGGCGUAUCCGUCGACACUGAAGCUGUGGCACCAGCUGCUUGCAUACCCACAGGAAAUCAUCCCCCUGAUGGAUCAGACUGUCAAAGAUGUGAUGGUUGAUUUGGCGCUGAAGGAGAUGGACGUUCUCCGAUCCGAGAGCCAGCGAGGUGUCCAGGGUCGGGAUCGACGGGGCCAACCAAUUCUCACAUCUGAUGGUGCUGUUCCGGCGGGUGAUGUUCCUGACCUGGUGGGGGAAGUUGAGGCGAUGACCUUCAAGGUGCUUCCGUUCGGUCUGGACAAGACCGUGAACAUGCGAGACCUUGACCCAGCUGAUAUGGACAAGCUGGUCGCUGUCAAGGGGUUGGUCAUCCGAACCACUCCAACUAUCCCUGACAUGAAAGAAGCAUUCUUCCGCUGCAGCGCCUGCGGCUAUGGUGUGCAAAUCGACAUCGACCGUGGCCGAAUUGCCGAACCUACCACCUGUCCUCGGGGCGGAUGUGAGGAGAAGAACACCAUGCAGCUCAUUCACAACCGCUGUUCUUUCUCCGACAAGCAGGUUAUCAAGCUCCAGGAAACUCCUGACAACGUCCCCGAUGGACAGACACCGCACUCGGUCUCGCUCUGUGUGUAUGAUGAAUUAGUCGACUCUUGCAAGGCUGGUGACCGCGUCGAAGUCACUGGAAUCUUUCGAUGCAACCCGAUGCGCGUGAGUGCCCGUCAGCGCUCCCAGAAGUCGCUGUUCAAGACGUAUGUCGAUGUCCUUCACGUGCAGAAGGUCGACCGCAAGAAACUGGGGAUCGACGUGUCGACCGUUGAACAGGAAAUGUCUGAACAGGCCGCCGAGGCGGACCAUUCGCGCAAGCUCACGGCUGAGGAAGAGGAAAAGAUCAAGCGGACUGCCUCGCGCCCCGAUGUUUAUGAAUUGCUUGCUCGAUCAUUAGCCCCCAGUCUCUACGAGAUGGACGACGUCAAGAAGGGUAUUCUGCUGCAAUUGUUUGGCGGCACGAACAAGACGUUCCAGAAGGGCGGCAACCCACGGUAUCGUGGCGACAUCAAUGUGCUGCUCUGUGGUGACCCGUCUACCGCGAAAUCUCAGCUUCUACGCUACGUUCACAAGAUCGCCCCUCGUGGUGUCUACACCAGCGGUAAAGGUUCAUCGGCCGUCGGUUUGACUGCCUAUGUGACUCGCGACCCGGAAACCCGACAGAUGGUCCUGGAGUCCGGUGCUUUGGUUUUGUCGGAUGGGGGUGUCUGCUGCAUUGACGAGUUCGACAAGAUGAACGAAUCCACGCGGUCCGUCCUCCACGAAGUCAUGGAACAGCAGACGGUGUCCAUCGCCAAAGCGGGCAUUAUCACGACCCUGAAUGCGCGCACGUCUAUCCUGGCGUCCGCCAACCCGAUCGGCAGCAGGUACAACCCGAGGCUGCCCGUUCCACAGAAUAUCGAUCUGCCACCGACCCUGCUCUCUCGGUUCGAUCUUGUCUACCUGGUGCUGGAUCGGGUGGAUGAGUCGGAGGAUCGUCGGCUGGCUAAGCACUUGGUCGGCAUGUACCUGGAAGAUAACCCGGAGAAUGCCAGCUCUCAGGAGAUUCUGCCUAUUGAAUUCCUGACAGCCUACAUCACCUAUGCAAAGACCCAGAUCCAUCCCGUGCUGACCCCAGCGGCCGGCCAGGCUCUUUCGGAUGCCUAUGUGGCCAUGCGCAAGCUUGGUGACGACAUCCGCAGUGCCGAACGCCGCAUCACGGCCACAACCCGCCAACUGGAAUCUAUGAUCCGACUGUCCGAAGCCCACGCACGCAUGCGGUUGUCGCACGAAGUGACAGCCGAUGAUGUGGAGGAAGCCGUGCGACUGAUCCGGUCAGCCAUCAAGCAGGCUGCCACCGAUGCCCGGACAGGUCUGAUCGAUAUGGGCCUACUGACCGAAGGCACCAGCGCCAGCGAACGUCGGUUGCGCGAGGACCUCAAGAAGGCCGUGAUGGCCCGGCUCGAGGAGCGCGGCGGGGUCAGCGGCGGCGCCGUGCGCUGGGCUGAUCUCUUCCGCGACUUGAAUGAGAACAGCGACGUGUCGCUGGAACACAGUCAGUUCGGCGACGCGGUGCGCGCGCUGGAGGCUGAGGGAGCGCUCAAUGUCAUUGGGGAGGGAGCACGGCGGAGUAUUCGGCGGGCUGCUGGCUUGCCGUAG